AUGGUGUUAGGGAAAUGGAGGGAGAAGGUAGGGAAAAAGAAACGGGGUGGAUGGAUGGUGGGGAAGGUGCAUCUAGAAGGAGAGAUGAUGAGAGUGGGGAAGGCGGUGAUGAAAGGUCAUAACAUGGUUCAUUUGGAGAAAGAGCACUUGUGCAAGUCGGUCAACAAUGAGUUGGGAGCCGGAGCUAUCAUGAAGACCUUCUUUGACGGAAGUGGCAAUGUCGGUACGAGUAGAACUACUGUCCAAGGUUUGAAGUCAUCAAAGGAGAAAAUAUUUGAAGCCAUCUGGAGGAUAUUUGGCUAG